AUCAUUUAGAUUUCCCAUAUGAAUAGAAUAUAAAUAGAAAUAUCUGAGGAAGAGAUAAAGCAAAUAAGAGGUCCAGCAAAAAUGGAGAAGAAAAGCAACUGUAAGGUCUGUGUUACAGGAGGUGCAGGUUACAUAGGUUCUUCUCUUGUAAACAAACUUUUGGACAGAGGCUACACUGUUCACGCUACCCUCAGGAACUUAGAGGAUGAAUCAAAGGUGGGGCUGUUGAAGAGCUUUCUUGGUGCAGAUAAAAGACUCAAAUUAUUUCAAGCUGAUAUUUACAAACCAGAAGAGUUUGAGCUGGCAAUUCAAGGCUGUGAAUUCGUUUUCCAUGUUGCUACCCCUUUGUUGCAUUCCGAAGGAUUUCAAUACAAAAAUAGAACUGAGGCUACACUUGCUGCAGUGAAGAAAAUUGGAAUGACUUGCCUUAAAUCUGGGACAGUAAAAAAGCUUAUAUAUACUGCAUCUGUGGUUGCUGCUUCUCCAUUGAAGGAUGAUGGGACUAAUUUCAAGGAUUUGAUGGAUGAAACGUGUUGGACACCUCUAAAUUUCUCAAAUCCUUAUGCCGAUCAGGGGCUUAAGGAUUAUGUAGAGUCAAAGAUGCUAGCCGAGAAAGAGAUGUUAAACUGUGGGAAGGAGGGUAUGGAGGUGGUGACAUUAUGCUGCGGUCUUGUGGGUGGAGAAACAUACUUACCUUAUACCCCAACAAGUACUGCCUUAUUCUUGUCACUGUUGACACAAGAGAAAAGUCUCUAUAAUUCACUCAAGUUUUUAGAAGAGCUCAUAGGAAAAGUGCCAAUUGUGCAUAUUGAAGAUGUAUGUGAAGCUCAUUUGUUCUCCAUGAAAGCUGCAGUCAAUGGCCGUUUCUUGUGCGCUAGCUCCUUUGUUUCUUCUGCAGAGAUUGGCUGUUAUUACCAACAGAAUUAUCCAGAGUUUAAUGUCAACCAAGAGUACUUGAAUGACCCCAAUAGAGAAAUCAAAUGGGGAUCGAAAAAGCUUGUUGACAGCGGUUUCGUGUACAAGUAUGGGAUGAAGGAGAUAUUGGAUGAUAGUGUUAGUAGUGCCAGGAAGAAUGACUCCUUUCAGCAAUAAUGAAGCACCUCAUAUAUCAAGAGGCGGAUCCAGAAUUUACAAUUUAUAGGUUCCUAUAAAAAUCUCAAAUUUAUAUACAAUAACAACUAUGUUCACAAUUUCAUUUUUAUAGACAUUUAAUGAAUUUCUUCAUAUAUAUACAAGAUAUGAACAAAAGCUACUCUGUUCCAGUGAACCUGUAUGUAAUGUUUUGGAUCCGCCCCUGCAUUCGUGUCAAGUUUCUAAAGCGAGUUUUCAAAUAA